AGUGCCAGUAGGGAAGAUGGCGGCCUCGGCUCGCAGCUGCAGAACCCGGUAGCCAUUGCCAGCAGUAUAGCCAUGCCCGUCCAGUGGCUGGCCGCCCGGGUGCUCUUUUACCCGAGCUUGCUGUACAACGUGCUGAUGAGGAAGGUAACGGACAGGAACUGGUACGAUCGGAUCGAUGACACGGUUCUCCUGGGAGCGCUGCCCUUCCGCGGAAUGAGCGACACGUUGGUUAAUGACGAAAAUGUCCGUGGAGUCAUAACUAUGAAUGAAGAAUAUGAGACUAAGCUACUCUGCAACUCUGCUGAGCAGUGGCAAGCUUUGGGAGUAGAACAACUGCGACUCAGCACACUGGACUUCACAGGGGUCCCCACAUUGGAGAACUUACAGAGAGGGGUGGCAUUUCUUCACAAGCACCAGCAUGAUGGGAACAGCGUUUAUAUCCACUGUAAGGCAGGCCGAUCUCGCAGUGCUACAAUGGUAGCAGCCUAUUUAAUAGAGAGACACAAAUGGACUCCUGAUUAUGCGGAGGACUUUAUCGCACGUAUCAGGCCACACAUCAUAAUCCGAGAGUCACAACACCAAGUUCUGGAAAGAUUCUACGAUUCAGUUGCUAACGCCAGAGCACCAGAGAGUGGAGGGUAAUAAAGAAAGAAAGUCUAUCAAGAACUGCCCUCUCAUCUUUCACCUCUGGUUCAUCCAAAGAGUUCACCCACUUCCAUGACCUGGCUGUGUCUUGGGAUUGUUGUCAAGACGUCACAUUAGCUCUUGAGUCAUACAUAGCAAAAGUGCAAUAUUUUCAUAGGUUAAAUGAUUUUUAAAAAUAAGGAAUUCUAAGAUUAAUUAAAGUACCUGGAUAAUUGUUAAAGCCGUAUGCUUCCCUUAAUAUGCUCACUUUUGUUGUUGCUUUUAUUUUUUGGGAGAUGCAGGGAAAUAAUUUUACUGCUGGUACAUAAAAGGGCAGACCCCAAAUACACACAUCGACAUAUAUAGAUACAU